AUGCAUAUUGCUUUACCUAUUAGCUAUGGUCGUUGCAUCAAUGGACAUCUAAAUAUUGUCAUAGAUGCGCAAGUGUUAUAUCGUAUCAUUUACUUUCCAAACGAGAAAGCUUGGCGCGGAAUAUUGUGUGGCGGGAAUCAGAUGUGGCUUAAGUCACCUGUUGUACUCUGGUGGCCGCUUGGCGCGUGCACGCAUUCACGCGCCAAACCCCGCUUAAGGGAGUUCACUCUGAGCGGGGUUGAUGGUUCCCCUCGAGGCUCCAGCUGCACUCGGGAAAAGCGGGAAAACUGCCCGCCAAAACGCCCCGAUCUCCGUCAGGUCCUCACCCCUCCCCAUGGGAUGCCCCACACCGGGACGGUCAGGCUACACCAGGUCAGAGCGAGGGAGCUCAGUACCUUUGGUCGUGUCACCCCGAACGGAAUAACCUCUCUGCCAUGGAUCGAAAACCAUACCGGAUAUAUUACUUCACAGUCUUCAUGGACAACAGUUUUUAAUCACUUGCGUGACGUAAGAUCUUGUAACCAAUGGGCUAACGCAACGACGUCUCGCAUUCCAAUGGCUGCUAGGGUCAUUGUUCCCUCGCGCCUAAAAAUACGUCUCGAACACCCGCACAGCUGUUCGAUUUUGAAUCCGAGAGUUGAAACAUGUUCACAAGACCUGUUGCUGGGGAGACAAACACCGCCUAAGUUGAAGAGGGUCACAAAGACCUUCGUUUUCCCCGCUUUAAAUCGCCACAGGACUCUUCCAGGCGACAUUUAUCACAUUGGUGAAUCAGUUGUUCCAUGUGGCGAGAUCAUUAAUGCUUUUGAAGUCGUUUUACUUGCUGCGCGGGGAAAUGACUUGCAUCCAUAUGCAUUCCUGGGCAAGCAUGGUUGUGGUCCUCCAUUUUGGAAUGGCCUGUUAGCAUCACCAGAUCUCUCCCACAAGCAACACACACCUCCUCCAUGUCUCAGAAUCAGAGAAGCCUCUUCCCUUGGUGAUGUAACCUCAAGCCUCAACAUAGAAAGAGAAAGAUCAAUUACUCCAGAUAACCCUGUACCGGAAACAUGGCACAAAUUCAGAGGCUUGACUUGCAUCCCAACACCAGAGUCCAACAGAAAACUACCACUGCCAAAACUAAGUUGGGCAGAUCGAGGGCAGGUGUGGACACUAAUGUGUCGGAAAGACCGCAUGUAUGCACGCCAACCUGACUACCUCUCACAGCAUCCAUCUCUUCAAGCGCGCAUGAGAGCUAUUCUCUUAGAUUGGCUGACAGAAGUGUGUGAAGUAUAUAGGCUGCACAGAGAGACCUAUUAUCUAGCUACAGACUACAUAGGCUACCUCAGUGCUACACAUGAUGUACCCAAACAGCAACUACAGCUUAUAGGUAUAACAUGUUUAUUCAUAGCUGCAAAAAUAGAAGAAAUUUACCCACCAAAGUUGUCAGAGUUUGCAUAUGUGACAGAUGGUGCCUGUAUAGAAAAUGAAAUCCUAGUAAAAGAGCUAGUCAUACUACAGAAACUUAAUUGGGACUUGUGUCCUGUAACCUCAAACUGCUGGUUAAACACAUACCUGCAGUUGAGCCAAGAAUUCGCCAUGCGAGAGGCCAAUGGUGGAGAAUCUUCCAGUGAUGAUCAUAGUUUUGUAUAUCCUCGUUACUCACCGUUAACAUUUGUUCAGGCAGCAAGAUUGUUGGAUCUGUGUACCCUUGAGAUUUCCAGCUUGUCCUUCAGCUCAAGCAUAGUUGCUGCUACUGCAAUGUGCUACAUGACCUCCCCACAGUUGGCAAGUCAAGUAUCGGGUUAUUCUACAGAGGAGAUGCAAGCAUGCUAUGAUUGGAUGGCAGCUUUUGCAGUCACAGUGCAUGAAAUGGGGCCAAUGCAGUUGAAGUCCUUCAGCCAAGUGGCCCAAGAUGACAUCCAUAACAUUCAGACACACUCAGUUGAUCUUGACACUUUGGAACGAGCUCAGAUUAGAUUAAGUCAGAUUCAGUCGUCAUCCUCUCGGAGUAGCCCUCAGACCACAGAAGUUUCUGUGGCUAUGCUCACUCCACCCAAAACUGAUGAGAAGACUAGAUUUGUAGAGUAUACUGGAUAGGAAGUUCAACAGUGUAGAUUUAAGUGUGCAAAUGGCUCAAUAACACUCAUUUGGUCCAUUCCAUAGUGGUGAUUAGAUAUUUCCAGCAUGAUCUUUAGGGCUCAGGAUUAUAUCUUGAUUAAACCUGUAUAUUGUAAGCCAGUUUUACAGGGUGUCUUCUGUAGGAUUAUGCAUGCAGUGGUUGAAGCCAUGUAGCCAUCUCUUUUAAACAUAUCAAGCAUGAUAAUGGCCAUGCUUAUACAUAUCAGAGGCAUUUUAUGCUAGUUAUAGUGACCUAACAAACAAAAAAAAUAUAUAAAAAAUAUUGUAUAUUUGCUUUGCUCACUAAUGCGCAUGCUAGACAUCAUAUUUUCUUACAUGUUGUGGAUGUUACAGGAUAUUUGAGUUGUUUUAAUGGGAAAA